GCUAUGCCUCUGUUGCUAGCUCCCGGUAUAAAUACGCAAUGCAGCCGCGGCUUCCUCCGCAGAUCGAACUCGCGGUAGUGCGUUCGUUCCUUGUUGCAAUGGCACGUAGGCCAUGGGGGGCGCGAUGCUUCUUGCCAUGCUACGACGGCGGCAGAAGCAGCGGGUCCAGUGGCUGCAACGAGCUCCUGCCAUCGCUUGGCGCUACCACAGCCCAGCAGCAGACCCCCGAGCUGGUCUCCAAGAAAUACCUCGUCUCGCCAUAUGAUCCGCGGUACAAGGUGUGGGAAAGGUUUCUGAUCCUGCUAGUGGUGUACUCGGCGUGGAUAUGCCCGCUGGAGUUCGCGUUCCUGAGGUACCUGCCUCGGGCGCCUUUUGUCGUGGACGACGUAGUCAACGGCUUCUUCGCUGUCGACAUCAUACUCACUUUCUUCGUCCCGUACGUGGACAAGAAAUCCUACCUUGUCGUCGACGAUCCUAAGAAAAUAGCGCUCAGGUAUCUGUCGACCUGGUUCAUCUUUGAUGCCUGCUCGACGGUUCCAUUCCACUCGAUCAGCCACCUGUUCAACAAGCACGAGCACAGCCUCGGCUUCAAAUUCCUCAACGUCCUUAGACUCUGGCGGCUGCGCAGGGUCAGUUCCUUAUUCGCAAGGCUUGAAAAGGACAUCCGGUUCAACUACGCGGUGAUACGCUGCACGAAGCUCAUCUCAGUGACCCUGUUCGCGAUACACUGCGCCGGGUGCAUCAACUACCUGAUCGCGGACAGGUACCCGGACCCGAGGCGGACAUGGAUCGGCGCCGUCAUGCCGGACUUCAGGGAGGACGGGCUGUGGGUCCGCUACGUGACCUGCCUCUACUGGUCCAUCACCACCAUGACCACCACCGGCUACGGCGACCUCCACGCCGAGAACGCCAGGGAGAUGCUCUUCGGCAUCUCCUACAUGCUCUUCAACCUCUGGCUCACCGCCUACCUCAUCGGCAAUAUGACCAACCUCGUCGUCCACAGCACCAGCCGCACCAGAGACUUUAGGGACAUGGUUCAGGCUGCUUCAGAGUUCGCGGCGAGGAACCAGUUGCCGCAGCAGAUAGAGGAGCAGAUGGUGAACCACUUGUGCCUGAGGUACAAGGCAGAGGGGCUCAAGCAACAGGAGACGCUAGACAUCCUCCCAAAGGCGAUGCGGUCGAGCAUAUCUCUCUAUCUCUUCUUCCCGGUUGUCCUAGGAACCUACCUGUUCAAGGGAGUCUCCACGAGUUUCAUCCAGCAACUGGUAACGGAGAUGCAAGCUGAGUACUUCGCCCCAAAGGAGGACAUCAUAUUGCAGAAUGAAUACCCAUCGGACCUGCAUCUUCUUGUGACUGGAGCAGUGGACAUUGUGGCAAUGCUAGAUGGAACGGAGCAAGUUUAUGCAAAAGCAGCAGAGGGGGAUCUAUUAGGGGAGAUCGGAGUACUGUGCAACAAGCCACAGCCGUUCACUUUCCGGACGACCAAACUAUCUCAGGUUCUGAGGAUCAGUAGGCCCAAGCUGAUGGAUAUUAUCCAAGAAAAUGCAGAAGAUGGCGAAAUAAUCAGAAUCAAUCUUCAGCAAGUAAAUAGUUAAGGGAAUCCAUAGUUAAGUCCCUAUCUUGCUAUCUUAAGGCAUACAAGAAAUGGAUAUAUUGGCUUUGUACUUCAAAAAAGCGACGCUACGGAAGAAAUACUAAACACUGGAGCUGGAAUGCAUCCAGACAAUCUGGUCCAUGUAUUUUGAACAGAGGCUAAACCGAGACCGUCAGACAAUCUCACAUGUCCAAGUCUCCGUCUGUAUGUUAUCAUUACUGUGACUUUUAACGGGUGUGACGCGUGAAAUAACUGUUGAUGGUAUUAGCACA